AUGCCCGAAAUCCUCAAAUGCCCAAAAUGCGACGCCAAUGCCGACGUCACAAAAGAUGGCAAGUGGGCACAUUGCAACAACAUCUUUCAACCCAGCGAAAGCCCUGAUAUGAAGAAGGAGGAAGGCGACAAGGAAGAGUCAAAGUAA